AGCGAUCGAGCUGUCCCCUACCUGUGUUGCUCUCCCUCCCCUCUCCCCCCCUCUCUCUCUUGCGCGCUUGCUUGCUCCCCUUCUCCGUGUGAGCGAGGCCGAGACGGAGCACCAGCGGAGGAGGGCUGUGCUGAAGAAGGCUGCGCCAGCGAGAGCUUGGUGACUGGUUGGCCUUUUCCUACCUACUGGACCUGCAGUACUUUGAACAUGCUUUUUGCAUAUCACUGCAUUAAGGAUGAAUAAAAUGUUAAGCACCGACUGUUUAGGGACGCAGGAGUUUCAUACAUUCCACAAGACCACUGAAAUACUGGAAGACUCGCAACCUCAAGAGAUUGCAUUCCACGAAACAGCGCUGGGGUCAACGCUAGUAGAUCAUCAAAAUGUCCACUCUACUGCCGCAGUAUCAGCGGGAGACAUUGGAAUGGCUGAAGUCAGCUUGUUGCAUGGUGAAUCUGACACAUCAGCUACCGGUUUACUGCCAGUGUCAUUCUUGUCAUGCAGUCCUAGAUCUAUGGUUCCAAUAUCAGUUCCUUCAUCAUCUAGCCUUGAAGCCAUCCUAACACCUAAUCCAAUGUACAGUGAUGUUCAGUUGAAAGAAGUGAUGAACUACAAUGCUACAGCAAUGGAUGAAAGCACUGAGUUCCUUCAGCUGAUUCUUAGUGGCAAUGAUGAAGGCUACAAUACUACAAGCGAACUGCAAGUUUGGGAUGUUCUGGACUUCUACUUCUCAGAAAGUUUUUCUGAUGUACAAUUUGAUAGCAUAAUGGGUUUUACAAGUGACGUCAGUACUUCCUCUCAUGAUUAUAUGAUGAAUAUUGUUGACUUGGUAGAGCGGCCUGUGGCACUCCUGUCUCUCAAUGAGACAGAGGAACCAAAUAAUGCAACCAAUAAGGCUCCAGUCGAUCACAGUACAAUGGACCCUGAUGACACAUCCUUGUACCUUCAAAUGAAACCACCAGAUUCAGAAACUGAAAGUACUUCUGCCUCUCAGGAUGUGAUAGGAAUUGAGUAUGUUGAUGAAAAGCUUCAUUCUAGAGGUCUGCCUGAUUUAAUGGAUGUUGACUCAUCCAGUCGUCUGCGAAAAUCACCAGUGAGAACAAAGCAUGUCACUCUUGUGCUUGAUUUGGAUGAAACUCUUGUCCAUUCAACAUUGGAUCACUGUGACAUAUCUGAUUUCAGCAUUCAAGUUUUCUUCAAUAUGAAAGACCAUACAGUCCAUGUGAGACAAAGGCCCCACCUGAAGAUGUUCCUUGAGAAGGUAGCUCAGAUGUUUGAGCUUGUCAUUUUCACAGCUAGUCAGAGAAUCUAUGCUGAGCAGAUAAUAGAUAGGCUUGACCCUGAUGGGAAAUUGAUCUCGCAACGAAUUUAUCGUGAGUCGUGUAUAUUCUCUGAUGGCAGCUAUACAAAAGACCUGACAAUUCUAGGAGUCCACUUGGCAAAAGUUGCUAUAAUUGACAAUACGCCACAGGUUUUCCAGUUGCAAGUCGAUAAUGGCAUCCCGAUAAAGAGCUGGUUUGACGACCCCGCGGACCAGGAACUGGUCGAGUUACUCCCAUUCCUCGAGACCCUUGUUGAUGCAGAGGACGUAAGGCCACUAAUCUCAAGGACUUUUCACGGCACCAUCCAGCAGGAUUAGAUUUAGAUGCAUCAUUGUCGUGCACUGAGCCUGAGCCUGCGAACUUAUCUUGGGAAAUUAGGUAUAGGAUCAGCAUUCACCAUUUAUGUUAUGUUGGCUGUUACAGAUAGCAAGCAUAAACUGCAUGUCGCCAUGGCUUGUAUACGUAGUAUUGCUCGGGUUUUCUGUGUGGCAGGUCUGUGUAAAUAAAUUAUAGUAUUGAAUAAAGUGAUCUGAGUCCAGUUUUGCUCUGA